UUUGGGUCGAGUAGAGGAGAGAGCCGGUCGCGAUUUUGUAUUUGUUUCAUACAAAAACCUGCGCGAUUGCACAGAUUCCGCUAAGGUACGGCAACAGUCUGCAGACCGGGUCCCCCUUGUGUGAACACUCGUUCUUGUUAACACGGAAAGCCAAGUCAGGUAAACUUGAAUAUGAGAUUCUUCGCAGCUGUCUCCCUACUUCUCGCAAUUUCCGGUUUGUGUCCGUAUUUUGCAAGUGUAAGCGCUGCCAACUCUACCAGUGAAGGCUCCUGCAAAGAUAUUCAACUACCAAACGUGGACAAGCUGAAUACUUGCCUUGGUCAACCCAGUGCAUCCUGUGAUACGUCACAGGACCUUAUUGAUGAUGUUGGGCCUCUAGUGAAGUGCGUGUAUGAAGCCUUGACGAACCUUAACAAACCUGGUGACGCACUGGUGGCAUACGCUGACGUCUUCUACCAGCUCAUGAAUGCGACCAAAAACUUCCUCGUAAAAUCGAUGGCCACUAAUUUCAAGAACAUGGUUGGCAUGGUGAAAGCGGGAACCGUAGAGCUUACCUGUUCCGGUGGCAAUACGAGUGUUUCUUUACCAAGUGCCGUUAUUGGUCAGUGUAACUCCGACCUUGGAACGAGCUGUCAAGACUCGCUCUCAAGCAUUGUUUCUCCGCUUGUGUCUCUUGUAAAGUGCCUUGUGGAAAACGCUCUUCCCGGUGCUUCGGAAGACAAGACCAUGACCCUCCUCUGUGACCUUAUGGCCGGCACCAACAUGGAUGCCUUACUCCGGGAUAUGCCAUUGCUAUGGAGUGCUGUCUUCAACUCCAAGGCAAUCUUGUGUAGAUAAUUGAACAUGGUGCAUCCAAAGCAUUGCGCCCCGACGGUACAUAAGAACAUGCCUCGGUUAUAUUAAUAAACUGAUGUUUCAAAAACUGCU